AUGGCUGAGGAAUGGAGCUGCCAGGGUUGUAACCAGGGAAUGGUGCUUGAGAGUCCCACCGUAGGUGUGCUGGGAAAGAUGAUGAGGUUGGGAUCUCACCUGAGUCCCUCAAGAACUGAGUGCUACAUCACCUCAGAUAUGUUCUAUGUAGAGGUGCAUUUGGAUAAAGCAGGACAGCUUGUGGAUGUCAAAGUAGCCCAUCAUGGAGAAAACCCUGCGAGUUGUCCUGAGCUGGUACAACAUUUAAGAGACAAAAACUUUGACGAGUUCUCCAAACAUCUGAAGGGGCUGGUCAACCUUUACAAGUUACCCGGAGACAACAAAUUGAAGACUAAGAUGUACCUGGCUCUCCAGUCUCUGGAGUUAGACCUCACCAAGAUGAUGCAUAUGUUCAGGAUAGCCAUGAAUGCCAGCACUGUGGAGACAAUUCUUCAUGGAGGCGUGGGUCUGUUGACAGCGAGGAGUGGUGGUCAUCUAGUGUCUCUGCAGUGUUAUGUUUCUCCAUACGACAUCUUUGAGGAAGGAUCAGGAAUGCCGCUCAACUUCACAGAUGCCAAUAUUCCUCGUACUUUAGGUGUGAGUGUAUUGGUGACUGUCGAGGGCACCUCAUCGGUAUAUAAGCUUCCCAUUGCUCCACUUAUUACAGGAUCCCAUCCAGUUGACAACAAAGGGACUCCAUCAUUUUCUUCAGUAACGAACUCAAACUGUGUAGAUUUACCUGCGUGCUUCUUCUUGAAGAUGAACCAUCCAAUGCCUUUUUCUUUAUCAUUUGUUCAAAAGAUGGGAAAUAUCACGGGAAUCCCAGUAUUUGAAUCUGCGCCCACCUUGUCCUCACUCUAUGAACUCAUUAUUAAAAGUCAACUGCGUGAAGAGGGUUGUGUCUCUCCUGGUCUGGACAAAUCAAUGCGCUUCUAUGCAUGUUUACCAGGACAGCAGCACUGCUAUUAUCUAAAUGGUGAUGCUCCAGUCCAGGAUGGAAGAUCUCUGCAAGGAGCUUUGGUUCACAAGAUUCCCUUUAGACAUCCUGCGCAAGUGCCCACUCUCCUUGACAUUAUUCGACACCAGGCUGCUUACAACACACUGAUUGGUAGCUGUGUCAAAAAGACCAAUAUUAAGGAAGCAGAUACCCCAGCACUUCUGCAGUUUGAGGUGUGCCCACUAACAGACUCGAGCUUUAGUGUGUCCUUCCAACACCCAGUCAAUGAAUCACUUGUCUGUGUGGUGAUGGAGGUGAUUGACUCAAGGCAGGUAGCCUGUAAACUGUAUAAGGGAUUAUCUGAUGCUUUGAUCUGCACUGAUGACUUUAUUACCAAAGUUGUCCAGAGAUGUAUGUCUAUUCCUGUGACUAUGCGUGCCAUCCGAUGCAAGGCGGAAACUAUUCAGGCAGAUACCCCAGCAUUGUCCCUUAUUGCUGAGACUGUGGAAAUAAUGGUGAAGAGGAACCUGCCCCCAACUAGUAGCCCAGGUUACUUGGGAAUUGGUACAGGGGCUGAUGGAAGCAACCCAAUAGGCCUUCCUGGUGUAAGUGGUGGGACCACAUCCACAGGAAGCAACAGUGUUGUGGGUGUAGGGGGGAGUGGGUCUUUCCAAGGCCCAAUUACCUCAUUUAACAUCAAUCGAACAAGUCAGGGAGGCUCAAGUAUGGAUAGUGUUGGACAUGUAGGAGGCCAGCAGCAAUCAAUGCAACAACAACCUCAGUUGCAGAGCCACAGUUCAGAUGACUUUAACAAAGUCACUCAGAAUCCAAUCUUAACAAGCCUUCUGAAAAUCACAGGCAGUGUCGGGUCCAGUCCUCCUCCUCAGCCUCACCAGACUCCACCACCGACCACCUCACCAGCAAGCAACACCAAAAACCACCCCAUGCUAAUGAACCUACUAAAAGAUAACCCUUCACAAGAAUUUGCGUUGUAUGGAGGUAGCCCUUUAGACAGACAGAACUCAUCUGGGUCCCCACGGACUGAUAGCCAAGGGCAGUCCUGCUCUGGCACCAAAGGUAAGAAAAAACGUCCAAGAGGCUCUGAAAAGGGACUAAUGGGAACAAGUGGAGGAAUUGGCAUGAAGCAACAAUCUCAGCACAGACAUUAA